AUGGAGCCCACUUCAAAACUGCUCUCUGCUGAGGAGCAAGAAUCUGGAGGAUUUUCAUUCAAGCACCAGGAUAAACCAGCCAAGAACAAACGACAAAUAUUACCAUGGCUAGGACUGAUACUCAUCCUCAUCGUCACAAACAUUCUAUCCUAUCUUGGUGGAUCUUCACGACACUGGCUCCAGAAGUCAACGGCAGAGCCAGAUAAACCAGCGUAUUAUCUAAAUGAAGAUACAACCUCGAAACCCUUCCACUGGACAACAGACUACAGCUCAGCAGAGAACAAAUCUCACACAGAAGAGCUCUGGGACCAGAUCCAACCGUCUCACGGGUUUAUAGCCAUCGACAGAACCUGGGCAGAACACAGUAAAUGGCCGGAGAGUAUGUAUCUCCCCUCUGAGAAGACCAAGGGGAAAAUACUCCGCAAGACCUUCUGGGAAGCGGUCGAUGGAGAGCCCUACACGCAUCAUGCCCCGGGGGCACAUAUGAAUCACUGCUUUGAUGCGUUGCGGCAGUAUGUCAUUUGCAACGCAGAUACCACACCUUUAUACACGUUUGGCGAUUUCACAGCAGGCGAUGGACAGAUGCACCAGUGUAAAGACUGGUCCCAGGUACGGGAAUACGCAACAAAGAAUACAGCCUGCUACAGGGACAGUGUAGAGCAUAUCCCUCUGGGGGAGCAUUUCGGAUUCUGCGAUGAUGGGGGCGAUGGGGUUAUUGAGUUAGGUUGA